AUGGUUCGUUCUUGUUGUGCUCCUGGUUGUACACAACGCGACACAGCGUCAGCCCGAAGAAAUAAUAUAACUUUUCAUCGCUUUCCUUUGAAGAAUUCUGUAAAGUUAGAAAAAUGGUUACAUGCUGUGCACCGCCAGGAUUAUAAAAAUGGUGUACCAUGGACACCAAAUGGAAAUAGCUGUUUGUGCUCCGGCCACUUCACUCAGGAUUGCUUUGACCGCACAGGCCAGACUGUUCGUCUUCGGGACCAUGCUGUUCCCUCUGUGUUUUCAAAUGGAUCACAGAAAAAAGCACCGACUUUUCAUAUAAAGUACUUACCUUCAUCUUAUCAAGAAAAUGGCUCUAUUUCUCAACGUGCCAUUUCCUUGGAUUGCCCAUCAAGCCAACGCAGAACAACGUACCUUCAGGAUCACCUUUACCAUCUCCCCUCCAAUUCCAUGGAGAGAAAAACCAAGAAAAAUUCUGAAAUGUUAGAUUAUUCAGGGGCCGAUGGAUUGGAAACACCACUGACAAUGUCAACUGCUGAAGGAGAAUACCAUUCUUCUUCAAGAUUUCCUGAAUUACCACCUGGUCAGCUUCGAUUAUAUUGCCACAAACUUUGUCCAUUUUCACACCGCACAAGACUGGUCAUGGAACACAAAAGAAUCAGGUAUGAAACAGUUAACAUCAACCUCCAAUCCAAGCCUGAUUGGUUCUUACAAAGAAAUCCUUUGGGCCUGGUGCCAGUUUUGGAACAAGAUGACAAAAUCAUUUAUGAGUCAUUAGUGUGCAAUGAUUAUUUGAAUGAGGUUUACCCUGAUCCUCCUCUGCAACCAGCUGACCCCUACCUCAGAGCUAAGGACAAAAUGUUGAUUGGACAGUUUGAUAAGGACAUAAGAACAGCUCUGCGUUUGAUCUCUAAUGGCUGUCAGAAAGCAGAAAUCAAUCAGAAACUUAUUUACCAUUCACAGAUGUUAGAAAAAGAAUUAGUCAUGAGAGGUGACUAUUUUGGCGGUGUGCAAGUAGGCAUGCUAGAUUUCAACUUAUGGCCAUGGUUUGAACGUUUAGAAGCCUUUGAAACCCUCGAUAUGCAUUCAGAAUUGUCAUACGCCAACGGGAGUACUUUUCCACCUCUGAAUGCCAGUAAAUUACGGCUGUACAGCAUGCGUUUUUGUCCCUAUGCCCAGAGAACAAGACUGGUGUUAGUGCAUAAGAACAUUAGGUAUGAAACAGUUAACAUCAACCUCCAAUCCAAGCCUGAUUGGUUCUUGCAAAGAAAUCCUUUGGGCCUGGUGCCAGUUUUGGAACAAGAUGACAAAAUCAUUUAUGAGUCAUUAGUGUGCAAUGAUUACUUAGAUGAAGUUUACCCUGAUCCUCCUCUGCAACCAGCUGACCCCUACCUCAGAGCUAAGCACAAAAUGUUGAUUGGACAGUUUGAUAAGCUACUGAAACUUUUGCGGCAAAUAGUGCAUGGCAAGGCAUUUGAAGGUAACCAUUAUCAAGCAUGGUUGUCAGAGUUGCAGAUUCUUGAAGAGAACUUGGAUGAGCAAGAUCCCUUCUUUGGAGGUGAGCAAGUAGGCAUGUUGGAUUACAAUUUAUGGCCCUGGUUUGAACGACUUGAAGCAUUUCAAAGCCUCAAUGACAAUAUAAACUUCAUUGAUAAGUUGCCAACAAAAUUAUCUGCAUGGAGGAAGAGAAUGUUUCAUGAACCAGCUGUCCAAGACACAAUGUUUGAUCCACAGCAACAUUCACAUUUUCUUAAAAGUCUUUUACAGGGCCGACCGGAUUUUGAUGCUGGACUAAAACUGUCAAAACUGUGA